GCUGAGAAAUACAGCAGAACCCUGGACCCGAGGGAGAUGGCUUCCCAGUAAUCCCCUGUUACCCAGUGUUUCUAAGUAAGGUUGGUCUGUUUGACUUUCGGCAUCCCCGCCACUUGUCAAAGCUUAGGAGAAGCAGGCACUUCCCUUUACCCAGGACAGUCUUGGCGCUCUUUAGAAGGCAGUCAAGGGGAUCUACUUUGACGGCACAUUGUAGCCAAUUUAAGGCGGGGGUAGACCAGGAGUAACUUGAGGAGUUCCAGAUGUUGACUCUAGGGUAGCUGUGCUCAUGGCACAUCUGGCCCACAUCUUGUCUGUAUUAUCCCUCAUUUCCUUUACUCAGACCUUUGCUGACAGCACCAUGGCUUCCAGCUCCUCUCCCACACUGCCUUCUGCUCUGUGAAGUCCAGGGUAUCUGCUCUCAGGAAUGUGUGGCCCGGAAAGCCAGAAUCCUUGGACGGGAAGGAGGCUGGGUAGACAGCGGCAGACUCAAACCCAAGGGGGUCUCUUGGGAAGCCUGGCUUGCAUCCAUUCGACAGACAUUGAUUGUAAAUGCCUGUUGUACUUCCUAAAUGUCAGGGCUGUUGUGGGUGCUGACGAUGUCUGAAAUGGUCGAAAAUCCCUCCUAGCAUGGAGCUUAUGUUCUUGUGGGCAAGACAAACAAUUAAAAACUAGAGCAAAAAAUGUAGUAUGUUAAGUACUUGCAAUUACAAAGGAAAAACAUAAAACAGGAAAAUGGGAUCGGGAGUUUCAAGGAGAGGGAUUUUCUACAUUUAAACAAGAUGACCCCAAAGGCCUCACUGAGCAGGAAACGAUUGAGCAAAGACGGAAAGGAGGUGAGGGAGGGAGCCAUAGAGCCGUAUGGAGAUCAGGAGGAAGAGCAUUCCAGGCAGUGGGAACAGCCUGUGCAAAGGCCCUGGGGUGGCACACUUCGUGUGUUUGACCAGCAGUGAGGAGCCCCGUGCAGUUAAAGCAGAGUGAGGAAGUGGGGGGAGUGAGAAGUGAGCUCAGACAGGCUGCGUAGGCUGUGAUUAGGGUUGUGGCGUUUACUCUUGGCGCACAGAGUACCAGCCUGCCCUGAUUAGGUUUCGCCUGUCACUGUUGUGGAGAACAGGCUGAAGGGGGCCAGUUAGAACACUAUUGCGGGUCCCAGUGCAAUGUGGCGGCGCAGCCACAGACUCAUCUGAGGGUUCGGGGUGAUGUCAGCUGAUCAGUCUCCCUGAAGAUUUAGUAUGAGAGUUUUCAGGCUGAGAGCAAACAAGGGGUCCCCCAAGGGCUUUUUUUUGCCUGUUUUUUUCUGAUGGGUUGUUACAGUGAUCACCUUUCCACCCUUAGGAAAGUUGAUGAUGAAGAAUUCACCGGAAAAGCCCUCCUGCUCCGACUUUCGGCCUUCCCGAUAGUCUUUCUGAAGAUAAAUUCCAUGUUUAUGGUGCUGAGUGAAAUGCCCAUCUCCCCGAGCAGUUCUGAAAUUUCCCUUGGUGACCUGCCUGUGUAAUACGCAUCCCAGGGGCCCCAGGCUUUCAGACUUACAGUGUUUCCAGUUUCCUUAUCUCACAAAAGCCUUGCAAAAACCUGUGGGGUGAGCAGGGCAGAAAUGAUAAACUUCAGCCAUUUUUCAGAUGAGAGCACAGACUCAUGUGGUCCAAGGCCUAUCCAACGCCCAGGGUUAGCAAGUGGCACAGCUGGGACUCGAACCCAGCUGAUCGGGGGCCUGGUCCUGUCAGUGGGGAUCUAUGCAGAGGUCGAGAGGCAGAAAUACAAAACCCUGGAAAGUGCCUUUCUGGCCCCGGCCAUCAUCCUCAUCCUCCUGGGGGUUGUCAUGUUCAUCGUGUCCUUCAUCGGCGUGCUGGCUUCCCUUCGCGACAACCUGUGCCUUCUCCAAGCGUUUAUGUACAUCCUUGGGAUUUGCCUCAUAAUCGAGCUCGUUGGUGGCGUGGUGGCCCUGAUCUUCCGGAACCAGACCAUCGACUUUCUGAAUGACAACAUUCGAAGAGGAAUCGAGAACUACUAUGACGAUCUGGACUUCAAAAACAUCAUGGACUUUGUUCAGAAGGAGUUUAAGUGCUGUGGCGGAGAAGACUACCGAGAUUGGAGCAAAAACCAGUACCACGACUGCAGUGCCCCCGGACCCCUGGCCUGCGGGGUGCCCUACACCUGCUGCUUCAGAAACACGAAGUUGUCAACACCAUGUGCGGCUACAGAACUAUUGACAAGGAGGGAGCGGUACCGCCUGCUGAGACCCAGUGAUCUAGAGCCACCUUCUCAUCACAUUGCAUACAAGAAACUGAGGCCCAGAGAGGCUGAGGGACUCGCCUGGACCUGGGGUGAGUGGCAGAGUUGGGACCAGGGCUUCCAGGCGAGUGCUCAGCCAGGCUCCUCCCCGGCAGCGCCUCAGCGUGCAGAAUGUCAUCUACGUGCGGGGCUGCACCAACGCCGUGCUCAUCUGGUUCAUGGACAACUACACCAUCAUGGCGGGCCUCCUGCUAGGCAUCCUGCUCCCCCAGUUCCUGGGGGUGCUGCUGACAUUCCUGUACAUCACCCGGGUGGAGGACAUCAUCACGGAGCACUCUGUCACCGAUGGGCUCCUGGGACCCAGCACCAAACCCAGCGUGGACGCAGCAGGCACGGGGUGCUGCAUGUGCUACCCCAAUUAAGGCCGUAGCCUGGGGCGGCAGCUCCAGAAGGACCGUGACAGGACAUCUCUGCGCAGGCCACGUCGUGGGGGCCAGAUAGGACUGUGGCCCCUCUCUCCACAUUCAGCACUGACCAAAGCCAUGGCUGUGUUUGCUCAGGGCUCCCAGGCCACCGCCUGUCUGGGGGGCGGAGCCCCUCCCCAGCUGCGGAAUUCUGUGCGUGCCCACCCUGCUGGGCGUGGGGAACAGGGCACCCCUCCUCCAUGCUCCGGCUGCUGGGGAAGGGGGAGCUUGGCGCUGGGCUCCGAACCCAUUUCAUUUCUGGUAGUGCCUUGGCCUUGGUGUUUGUGCCCCUUUGAGGGCAGUUUUGUAGUGAUUUGUAAUCGGGGAGGGAGGAGAGCAUGUGUGCCCCGAGGUGAAGGAGCAGAGGGGUGGGGUGCAGACCCCAGGCCCCAGUCCUUCGGCCUCACCCUGAGGCCACGUUGGGUCCGUUUCUCAGCCUCCCGGGUACCUUGAGACCACCCCAGGGCUGCUGCUUUGUUGACCCUGUUUUGUACCUGAUUUUAUAACAUUCAUUUUGUACACAGUUAACAGGAGUUUCCGACUAAUCAAAGCUAGCUGUUCCCCCAUUCCUCUUCCCCCUCCAAGCCAGUUUAUUAAUCAGACAAUAAAGACAUGAUUUUUUUUUUUUCUGGUUU